ACUUUCGUGAACGGAACUUGCAACCAACCGAGAGCAUCUGAAAGCGAGCGCCAUCAGCAUCUGUAAAAUUCGUUCGCUACAGCCAAAGUCUGAGAUAGUCUCUCUCUCUCACGUAUUUAGAUCGCCAUUUGCUCCCUCCCCCCGAUGCAUCGACGCAUUUUCGCGAUAAAAUAAGGCUUCUCAACAGAUUUUCCAGAGAAAACAUGUCGGACGCUUUGAUCAACGGGUUGGCCGGAGCCGGCGGAGGGAUCAUAGCUCAGCUCAUCACAUAUCCUCUUCAAACUGUGAAUACUCGUCAACAAACACAGCGUGAUCUGAAGAAGGAGAAGAGGAAGUUUGGAACAAUUGAGAUAAUGCGUCAGGUUAUAAAACAAGAGGGAUGGGAACGGUUGUACGGAGGCUUAACGCCAUCCCUAGUGGGCACGGCUGCAUCUCAGGGUGUUUACUAUUAUUUCUAUCAAAUAUUCAGGAAUAAGGCUGAAGCUGCUUCACUUGAACGUAUGAAGAAAGGGAUUGGUGAUGGAUCAGUUGGGAUGUUUUCAUCGCUUGUGGUGGCUGCUUUAUCAGGGUGUGUGAAUGUUCUUAUGACAAACCCUAUAUGGGUAGUUGUGACACGCAUGCAGACACAUACAAAAAUCCCGAAGAAGUCCCAGCCUGGUCAGACGUUGUCAGUAUCUCCAGAUGAGACAGUUUUUGCUGCAAGUGAACUUCCUCCCUUUGGAACAAACCAUGCGAUUCAAGAAGUCUAUGAUGAAGCUGGAUUUUGGGGUUUUUGGAAAGGUGUAUUCCCGACAUUGAUCAUGGUGAGCAAUCCUUCCAUACAAUUCAUGCUGUACGAAACUAUGCUGAAGAAGCUGAAGAAAAGACGUGCUUUAAGUAGGAACAGUGGCGUGACAGCCAUAGAGAUAUUUCUUCUUGGUGCUUUGGCGAAACUUGGGGCUACUGUUGUGACAUAUCCUCUUUUAGUUGUUAAGUCAAGGCUUCAAGCGAAACAGGUUUCUACCGGAGAUAAAAGGCAUAACUAUAAAGGAACAUCGGAUGCAAUUCUAAAGAUGAUCCGUUAUGAAGGCUUCUAUGGCUUUUACAAAGGGAUGAGUACAAAAAUUGCGCAAAGUGUACUUGCUGCUGCUGUUCUCUUUAUGGUUAAGGAAGAACUUGUGAAGGGUGCUCGGAUCUUGCUUACUAAAGAUGGCAUCGACACAGUGAAAUCAAGGCCUCCAUGAUUCCUCCACGAUUUUUGUUCUCAUUUUCAGUCUCAGUGGGACUUCACUUGGAUAAAUGUUUAUUUGGAGCAUCGACAGGCUUGUAUGCCAAAAUAAAAGCAAUGCAAGACGAUGUAAUUGGAAAUAUUAUAUUUAUGACCCUAUUCACAUUGGAUAUUUCGUAACAGAAUCUAGUACAUCUGUUUUGGACUCUAA